AUGGCGCUCGCCGCUCGACGCUCGAUGCUACCUCAUCGCGGGGAUCGCGCCGCUCCCGACGGGGCACGCGCGGCUGUGUUCUUGCUCGACCGGAAGCACAGCGGCGCGUUUCCCAUGCAGCGCGGCGACGCCUCCCAGGCCGGCGACGUAUGCGGACACAACGUCGUCAUUGCCACGCUGCCGGUGGGCCAGGUCAAGAAGUACUUUCCCAACCUCUGGUUCGGGCUACUUGUGGGCGUGCCGACCCUCACACAUAGGAAGCGCCCACCGGAUAAUAGACGCACGCGGAUCUGGUACGGGCCGAUCCGGAGUGGCAGCCUCGAGCUGAAGAAGGUGCUCGAGCUCAGCGAUCGCGUCCAGAACCAUGCCGAUACAGGCGAGGAGGGGACCACAUGCCAUACUUGUGGCAAAAAUUCUGCCAUCCUGAAGAACUGCGCACGGUGCUCCCUUUUCUGGGACUGUGGCAAGGCAGUCGACUGGAAGGAGAGAGGCCACAAGGACGAUUGUAAAUUACUCAAAGACCCUGAUCUGCAGGGCUUGUUUCGUCUCGAGUGGGGUAAUUUCGAGGAUUACCAAAAAUUCAGCUGA